UGGCAGGUGACGAACUUCGCCCGCGUUGGCCGUGUGUGUAUAUAUUAUAUCUAUAUAUUAUACACAUAUAAUAUACAUUUAUUUAUGUUCUCGAUUCAUAGAUUUAUAUCCCUACAUAAAAAACAAUUUAGACUCUUUGAACGUUAGACCUCAAUUCUUAUAAAAUCAAGAUUGGAAUUUAGGGGUUUGAUUUUCCAAUUUCUUUUCCCACUUCUGAUAAACCCUUCAUUAAUUUGUUCUCUAUUCAUACAAUUUUGGGAUUCAGAUGAAAAACCCACUUUUGGGUUAUCGAAUCAUAGAUUUAUUUCGGUCAUGUAUAGUGAUAAUUUGAUUGGAUUUAUUCUCGCUGUUGCUUCAAGCGCCUUCAUUGGUUCGAGCUUCAUUAUCAAGAAGAAGGGUCUCCAGAAAGCAAGCGCAUCAGGCACUCGUGCUAGUUCAGGAGGAUACGGAUAUCUGCUACAGCCACUUUGGUGGGUUGGCAUGAUCACUAUGAUUGUUGGAGAGCUUGCCAAUUUCAUAGCCUACAUUUAUGCUCCUGCUGUGCUUGUAACGCCGCUUGGAGCAUUGAGUAUAAUUGUCAGUGCUGUUCUAGCGCACUUCUUAUUGAAGGAAAAAUUACAGAAAAUGGGGAUACUGGGGUGUGUUUUAUGUGUUGUGGGGUCUACCAUAAUUGUGCUUCACGCACCUAGCGAACAUAGUAUAAGUUCAGUGGAAGAAAUCUGGGAUUUAGCAACACAACCAGCUUUCCUUCUGUACACAGCCUCAGCAAUAGCAGUAGUAUUGGUACUGGUGUUGUAUUGUGAACCACGGUAUGGGCAGACAAACAUAAUGGUUUAUAUCAGCAUAUGUUCCAUAUUUGGUUCUUUGACGGUUAUGAGUAUCAAAGCAAUAGGCACUGCCAUCAAACUCACACUUGAGGGUUCAAGCCAGAUUGCCCACUUCCAAACAUGGGUUUUUGCAAUGGUUUCACUUACGUGUAUAAUCAUUCAGUUGAAUUACUUAAACAAGGCUUUGGACACUUUUAAUACAGCAGUUGUUUCUCCAAUCUAUUAUGCCUUGUUCACAUCACUCACAAUUUUCGCAAGUGCAAUAAUGUUUAAGGAUUGGGCCGGUCAGAGUGCUAGCAGUCUUGUUUCAGUGCUUUGUGGAUUCAUAACUGUGCUUUCAGGUACUAUGGUUUUGCAUAGUACGAGAGAGCCAGAUCCACCUCCUAUAACAGAAUAUAUGCCACUUUCUCCUCAGAUAUCCUGGCAUAUCCAUGCAAAUGGUGAAAUAUGGAAACGCAAAGACAAUGAUGAAUUGCAUUCUGAAUUUGUUGGAGUAAUUAGGCAAGACCAUUUCAGGUAACGCAAAAGAUAGCCGGGGGGAUAUCCAUUCAUAUCUCUCAGCACAAUGCCCUGCAAACUGGUGUCAUUGACAUAGACAGACUUGCAUCUUAACAGUGAUACUGACAAUGCCAAUUUUCGGUCUGCGGCUUUCUAGUCCAACUUUACAGCUUGAGCGUCAGCAGUUGAUUGUGCAUGGAAGAUUUUUUCAUGGUAAUUUUUGUUUAGGUUGGGAUUGAAAUAUUUUUGCAGUGUUUUCUUCUGGCUUUGCUUGUAGCUUGUUGUAUAAUUAUUUGACCAAUUUAUUCUUUGUUUUGUAUUAUUUCUUACCAUAGGUCCAUAUCUUUUAUUUGUAAAAAUCAGUCUACAUAUGGGGACUGUAACAAUUGUCACCCUUUUGUGCCAAUGAGGAGUAAAAAUUUUCUUGUUUGUAGCAGCA